AUGUUUGGAACCACUGUUAACCUGGGUAUCAGUCAGUCUGUUUUCAGACAGACGGCAGCUGAUAUUUGGCUCAAAGCCCAACAGGCUGUAAGGUCUGUUGGGUGAUACUGUCACUGUGGUACUGUAAUCUCUCUUGGGCAGAUGCACGUAACAUAAAUGGUAGUAGCAUCUGUCGACGGACUCUGGGAUGCAACGACUAACAAGGAACUUUGUUCUGGUACGCAGAUUUUUUGUCACUGAUCAUUUGGACAUAUCACGAUUUCGCAGGUGCUCGCAUCUUUUGAAUUUCGAAAGGCAAGGGGACAUUUGGCCGCAGACUUGCCCAAAACUUGCUGAGAGUUUCAGUUUAGAGGGGUGGAGACUUCGCUAGUCUCAUUAGUACAUUUUCAAACACGUCUCCCCCAUAAUUUAAUUGACAAUCUGACGCAAUUCCGAAAUAUUUUUGUUCUGGGUGUCCGAGAUUAACGGAAUUUUGACUACAACCACAAAUAUAAAAUACAGCUGUAUGACAUUAAAGUAAUCACACAAUCCCAGAACUAAAAUCACGUGAAAUGGCGUCAGCUACUCAUUGCGCACGUCUGUCCAUGAGAGAUGAACAUUUUAAAGGGGUAGUUAGUUCACUUUAUUUAAUCUUGCCCAUAAUCUAGCUAUAAUGUGAUAACCUGUUUUCUCUUAUAGGGUUUUUUCACACUUAGUCCCUUUCAGCCAACUUUUGUGCAGUGUGAACACUCAGACCCCUCAAAAGUGCCCCAAAAAGUGAACUGAACUGAGACCAUCUCGAGAGGUGGUCUGAGUUCGGUUCGCUUGAUUUCCAGGGUCCGGUUACCUUUUUUUUAUGUGAACAUAAAGCUCCCCAGGGAUAGAGGAAUGUGUAGUUUUGGUGGAAAAAGUUGUGUUUGUCAACUGUACAGUGUCCAUGUUGCUUGGGAUCGGAAUUGCCCGGUGCGAGAGAGGCAGGUUGGCAAUGGUCAGAGUAGUUCAGAGGGUGUCAUAUGCUGAGGCAGUGAAGAAACUAGAGAAGGAUGGGCCAAGGUUGAGGGAUCCUGAGAGGAUCUGUGUGAGUAGUAGAUCUGUGCUAGCACAGAGGGAUAGGCUAACGAGUGAUGUAUGCUUCAUAAUUGUUGGCUUCUUAGCGUUUAAAGAAAUGGGUUAUAGAAAUGGUUAUAAUCACCAUUGGCGUCGGCUAAUGGUUUUCCUAAUAAGAAGAGUUAAGUGGUGGUGUCCCAUCCUCCCGGACCAUUGGCAUGGUGUAAAAGCAGAUAGGGUCAAAGUAGUGGAAUGGGGUAGUGGGUUUUCAACGAGUGUAGGGUUAGUCAGAAGGGUGACAUUUUUUUGUUUGUUUGUUUUACAAACUGUAAUGGAUUUACACUCCAGUCCAAUUGGUGGCGGUAAUGCACCUUAUGAUUGCCAACCGCCAUUUAACAACCAAAGAAGAAGAAGAAGAAGAAGAAGCAGAAGAAGCUCCACAGGUUCGUUUGUCAUUAUUCCCAUUCCCGCAGCACACACUAGACUGAUGUUGUACGUGUGCUGUUUUUGGAUAUUGAUUUGCUAUUGUUUAGGAUGCACAGAAAUUCCAAAAUAUGUGUGGAUUAUUAGUUCAGAUUAUUUGUUUGCAAUAUGUGAUCUAUAGGCUAAGAGAGUUUCAUAAACAGUUUAUUCGAUAUUGGGGUUUGAAUAGUGUGAGAAGACAAUUUAUUUGGUGAGAAUCACACAAAAUCAAUUCUAGCUGUUAAAGGGGCUGUAGCCUACAUUGGGUGUACAAUUUUCAAUUCCAGCAAUAUUUAAUCUGCAGUUAUUCUUCUGCUUUUUAUUCUGUUACUAGUAAUAUUGACAUGUUAAUAGUACCUUCUGAUUACAAUUAUUGUUUCAUCUUUUAACUAAAUGCAAUCUAUUAGCUUCCAAAGUGUAAGUAGGUAUCUAGCUGUCCGAUAGCACAUUCUGAUGGAAUGGCUUGUCCUGCAUUUUGUAAAAACCCAGAGUGUAUUGAGUGAAUGUUGGAAAAAGAUCUUGGUUCCUUUCUAAACAUAGCGAUGUGAAUGCAAAGAGGACAGACCAAUGAUGGCAUAUAACCUAAUUUUAAUGGUGCUUUAUGAAGCUUAUGUAAAGUUCUUCAUUAACAUUGUUUCCAUUUUAAUUUGUUAAAGCUCAUUCAUUUCUGUAUCUACGAUGUAAAUAUGUUACACUACAUUUAUUUUGUUUUCUUGUUGCCUGAGCGAGACAUCCCUGAAAUCCCUGGCUCUGGUGGGGUGUUCAGCAUUUUAGCACCUGGAAGCUGAUUUUUUUCUACUAAUCCCAGAUUGUCCCAGCCCAGCGAGCACUCUUCAUCUGGGUGAAGAGGAACAUCAAAGUCAUCAUCUACUGUGGCUUGUUUGUCGAAAGCCAGUUAUUUUUGUUUGAUGCUGCUGUUAAUAUUUCAGUAGUUUUUCUCAUCAAUGCCUCUGGAACUAACAGCACACCUCAACGCAUGACACUGCUUCUGGCUCAAAUGGACUGUGUUACACAAGGAGGCAUGUCUUUAUGUGAAAAUGAUCUUUGUCAUGAAAGAGAGCGGAAGCCCCUUUUCCUCUCCCCGACUGCAGAGUCAGAUGAGGGUCACCAUCACUUCCUUUGUGCUCUGUGGAUCUUCACUGAUUUCUUCAGCUGGAAACCUUCGCCGAUAAUGACACCUUGA